UAUGAGAAGCGUCAACUCCCCCGAUGGGCGUUGACUUCUCAACUCCUCUAAAAGGUGUGGCGAUUUAACACAUACUGUGAAAUUCCUCCUUUGACAUCGAUUCUUUAUCCCCUCUCGCUUUGUUUUCUCAAGAAACACAACAAUGUCUGUGUGGGAUGACUUGGACCUGCUCUUAGACUCCCCCUCCUCACUGACUGUGGCAUCCAGUGCAAGAGGAACUGUGAAGGACAAGGCGAACUUCAAAGUGGAAGAAGAUGUGUCUGCACUGAGGAAGGCUAUAGAGGGCAUUGGUACAACAGAAAAAACUCUGGUUGAGGUGUUGACCCAAAGAAGCAAUGCUCAGCGUCAGCUUAUUGCGCAGGCCUAUGAGAAGAAGACAGGAAGGAAACUAGUGGAUGACCUGGAGGGCGACACCCACGGCGACUUUGAGGACCUGUUGGUGGCCUUGGUAACUCCUCCGGCUCUCUUCGACUGUCGUGAAGUCAUCAACGCCAUCAAGGGUGCAGGCACCACAGAGUGUACGCUGACAGAAAUCUUCUCCUCCAGAUCCAACAGACAGAUAAAGGCCCUGUCUGAAGCAUACCUGGCAGAAACGGGAAAAGCGAUGAUUCAUGAUCUGAAGUCAGAGGUAUCUGGAGAAUAUGGGGAAGCACUGCUCAUCUUGGCCGAGGGGAAGAGAGACGAGAGCACCAAUGUGGAUACUGCCAAAGCUAAAGCAGAAGCUAAGGCGCUGUAUGAAGCAGGGGAGAAGAAGUGGGGCACUGAUGAGCAGAAGUUCAUAGACAUCCUGUGCCACAGGAGUGUUCCCCAGCUGCGACAGACUCUGGUUGAGUACAAGAAUAUCAGCAAGAAGACUUUGCAGGAGAGCAUUGAGAGUGAGAUGUCUGGAAACCUGGAGACGCUGCUUGUGGCUGUUGUUAAAUGUGUGAAGAACGCUCCUGCCUACCUCGCAGAGAGGCUUUUCAAGUCCAUGAAGGGUGCGGGGACCACAGAGUCCACUCUGACCAGGAUAGUCGUCAGUCGCUCAGAGAUCGAUUUGUUGGACAUCAGAGCAGAGUACAAGAAGCUGUUUGGAUAUACGCUCUACUCCCAUUUAGAGUCGGAAGUUUCAGGCAGUUAUGGCAACGCCCUCAAGCAUCUCUGUGGCCAAGAUGACUAAACUCCUGUGAUGAGAAACAUAUGGUGUGAAAUGCAGCUUUAUUACAAAGUGGAGGAGAAGAACUGCAUCUAGCGACAAGUCGCUCACUGACCAUUUCAAUCACCUGAUUUGCCUGAACGUAGCCCUGUCGACUGGAACUGAUUGAGAAUUUGGAAUUCCAGUAAUGUGCGACCAGACACUGAUGUUUUAACUUUCAGUGCCAUGAAUGAAUAUAACACCAAGACUUGAGAAGAAGCUGAUAUUCAUGGAUAUGAAGAUGCUGUAGAAUGUCCGAAUGAAUAUGUAACAUUGUCUGUAUUCUAUGUAACUGAUAGAACAGAUUUCUUCUGAAGUAUUUCAGUUUCUUCUGGUAUAUUGUAACACAAAUAACCUAAAAGUUGGCAACAUGCACAUGAAUAGCGUCAUAACUUUCAAAUAUAACAAAAAUAAAAAUACUAUAUUCUA